UGGCCACAAUUUGGUUUUGGCUGUCCAGUGGUUAGCCCGUGCUGUGAUUCCGAGUGUUGAGUACUCGGCAACCGUGUGACGUGUUUGCUUGGACUGAGUGAGACUGAAGUGCUACGGCGCGGCUUACUACGACUCGUAGAGGGCGUCUCGACGGAAAAGCUCGGGUGACCAUAUGUGUGGUCGGUGACGCGGCACCAGCAGAGUUAGAAGAUGAAGCCCCGGGGGGCGAGUGUCAUGCACGCCUUCACUGCGCUCACCAUGCUCACCAUGGCUAAUGCUCAAACGACAUGCAACCAAGGAAUGGGACGCGUUAUGUAUGAGCGGCUACCCAACCAACAGCUGCACGGAUUUGAUGAUGACGUCGUCCGCGAGACGGCGCCACCUUUUCGCGUUUUGGAGAAAUGCCAAGACUUAUGCUUGCGCGAUCGCUCUGGCAACAGCCUCGUGAGGACCUGCAACUCCAUAGACUUUCAACCAGGAGCACGCAUUGCUGCCUUCAGCCCUGAACCAGAAUAUGAGGAGUCAACGUGUUACCUAACACGGGAACAGGCCGCUCCUGAAGGCAUUGGGACUCUAAUGAUUGUACCGAACAGCGUUCAUUUUAAUGAGAUAUGUUUAACGUCCAAUCGUCCGGAGCGUGAGUGCCCAUCUCGCCGGUAUGUUUUUGAACGCCACGCUCGUAAACGGCUUAAACUCCCACCUUCGGAUCUCAAAGAAAUUAUGGUUGCUAACCGAACGGAAUGUGAAGAUAAAUGCUUGGGAGAGUUUAGUUUUGUAUGCCGUUCUGCUACGUAUGACUCUGCUUUGAGAACUUGCUCUCUUAGUAGGUUCACAAGAAGAACUCACCCCGAGUUAUUAGAAGAUGAUCACAAUGCAGAUUAUUUGGAAAACACUUGUCUGAACGCGGAGAGAAGAUGCGAUGGUUUAGCAGUUUUUAUCAAAGAAGAAAAUAAACGUCUCGGAGGACCGUUUGAAGCUGACGUUUUCUCGAACAUGACUCUCGAUGAAUGUCAAGCCAUGUGUGUUCGCGCAGAAAAAUAUUUCUGCCGCUCUAUCGAACAUGACGCGAUGACCCGACAGUGUGUUCUGUCUGAAGAAGACUCCGUGUCUCAAAAAGACGACGUGACUGUUAGCGCAUCCCCCACUCAUCACUUCUACGACCUUGUUUGCCUGGAUAAUCUCUCUCAUCGGGUGACAGCUCGCGGCACGGAGUACCCGGACAACAGUGUGACGUCACACCUGUUCUCACCCGGACGACGACCAGACACCGCCUUCCAGCGAUACAGAAACAGUCGGAUCACCGGAGAGUUCCAUUCAGAGAUAACCGGCCGCUCGCUCAGCGAGUGUUUGGAUGAGUGUUUGAGGCAGACAAGCUUCCAGUGCAGGUCGGCGGUAUACAGCGACCGGGCCAGGACAUGCCGGCUGAGCAGAUACAAUCAGAAGGAUGGCAUGCGACUGCUUUACGAUCCCGAUUUCGAUUAUUAUGAAAAUUUGAUGCAUCAGCUAGUUGGCGGUGAGACCGAGGCUGGGACUCCGGGAACUGGUUCCCAGGGCAAUUGGGGGGGACGCCCUGCCACAUCCACAGGUGGUAGUAACGGAGGCGACCGGGACCGAUACCCGCCAGGCGUAGACCGCUACCCGGAUGACGACCGGUACCCUGACGAUGACCGGUACGGCGACCGUCGACCGGACCGGUACCCCGACGACCGAUAUCCGUCCGGCCCAGACGACCGCUACCCCGACGACCGAUACCCACCCGGCGUCGGAUCAGACCGCUACCCGUCUGACAGAUAUCCCCCCGGUGUUGCAGACCGAUACCCUUCAGAUAGGUACCCACCAGGUAUCGAUCGGUACCCUGCAGGCGUUGAUCGGUAUCCUUCUGGCCCUGACCGCUACCCAGUUGGUGUAGAUCGCUACCCGGCUGGUGUAGACCGUUUCCCCGCUGGCGCUGACCGAUACCCAGCAGGCGUAGACCGAUAUCCCGCAGCUGUUGACAGAUACCCACCUGGAGUAGGACCUGGGGUUGACAGGUAUCCCGCUGGCAGUGGAAGAUAUCCCAUCCCUAGUAGUGACCGCUAUCCAAUAGAUGGUGGCCGGUAUCCACUCUAUGACUAUCCCACUAACGAGCUUGGAAGAUAUCCAGUAGACAGAUAUCCUAUUAGCCGAUACCCUAUCGAAGUUUAUCCAGAAAGGUAUCCACAAGACAGAUACCCACAAGAUAGAUACCCAGUACGAGGCAGUGGUCGAUACCCGUCUAGACCGGGCUGGCUCCCUAGCCGCUACCCUGACCGGUUCGAUCAGGACCGAUAUCCUGGAACUAACGAUUGGGGACGAUACCCGUUCAGCCAGUACCCGGUUGGUGUGAACCGAGACCCGGUGCCGCUGGGCGGGGCUCGUUACCCAGACAUGUAUAACAAAUAUCCGCCGACCGGAUCGUCAUACCCUGCAGGCUAUGGACGGGGUGGUUAUUAUGGGCCUGAUUACGCGGGACCCGAGCGUUUCCCAGAUAGAGGAAUUCGCCCUGGUACAGACAGAUAUCCCGUGGAGCCAAGACCGAGUUUCGGUAUAAGACGACCCAUUGAGAGACCUAAUGGAUAUCGCGGAUCUUAUCCUCCUGCUGGGCCAGUGGAACGACCAAUAGGUGGUCCAGUGUACGGUGGUGCACCCGCUUAUGGUGGGUCACCUGUAUAUGAGCCUGACGGUCCAAUAGGUCCUGUUGGACCUCCAGUUAACGGUCUUGGUGGCCCUAUCAAUGGCGGUCCGAUAGGCGGCCCAAUUGGAGGACCGAUCGGCGGGCCCAUCGGAAACGGAAUAGGUCCCCUCAGACCUCAAGUGGGACAAAGACCAUGGCAGGGAUCACGAUGUGAAGAAGACAGCUUCAGACAAGUAGGAAGACAGCGUAUGCAAAGGCGAUAUGUCCGACGAUUCACUACUGCUCAAUCAUUGGCGCAUUGCCAACGCGAGUGCAUAGAGGCCAGAGACUUCAUCUGCCGGUCGUUCAACUAUCGGGGCGUAGACGGCGCCUACGCUGGUGAACCUCGAGAUAAUUGUGAGCUCAGCGAUCGAGACACUCGGGAGCUGGAUGCUGCUAAUCCGGCACAUUUUGAUAAUACAGCUAGCGAAUAUGAUUUCUAUGAAAGAGCUCUUGGUAGAAUGGCUGAUGAUUGUUUGGAUGUAUCUCAAGUAUGCAAUGAAGAUGGAAUGGAGUUCACUCUCCGGCUCCCCGAAGGUUUCUAUGGCAGAAUGUAUACCUACGGGUUCUACGAUCGGUGCUUCUUCCGCGGAAAUGGAGGUGUAGUUAACGUAUUACGAAUCACUGGAGCUCACGGGUAUCCAGAAUGUGGAACGCAGCGGUACGGAGAUACGAUGACGAAUAUCGUAGUGGUUCAAUUUAGCGACAACGUGCAAACUUCCCGUGACAAGCGGUUCAACCUCACAUGCCUGUUCAGGGGACCCGCUGAGGCCGUGGUUACGUCCAAUUACAUCGGCGCCGGGUCCGGUAGCCCCAUACCCAUCGAAUAUCUUCCUGAAGAAAGUUCAUUGAACUCGAAGGUUCGUCUGAUGAUCUUGUAUCAAGGCAGGCCGACAACUACCAUUGCUGUUGGCGACCCACUUACGUUUAGACUGGAAGCUCAAGACGGGUACAAUUACGCAACGGAUAUAUUCGCUACGAAUGUAAUCGCUCGAGAUCCUUAUUCGGGACGUUCGGUGCAGUUGAUUGAUCGAGUUGGUUGCCCCGUCGAUCCUGAUGUGUUCCCUGAAUUAGACAAAGGCCGUAACGGAGAUUCAUUGGAAGCAAGAUUCAAUGCGUUCAAAAUACCUGAGUCUAACUUCUUAGUGUUCGAGGCUACAGUGCGUACGUGCCGCGAUGGAUGUCAACCGGCAUACUGUCCAAGCCACACGGGCCGAUCGGAGCCAUCAUUCGGCAGACGUCGAAGGGACGUGAAUUCCACACUCGUCGCAGAAGGCAAUGACACUGCCGAAGCUAAAUCUGACAACAGCAACGACACAAAAACAGACAAACAAGACGACAAGAAUGCAGGAACUGUUUACAAAGUAUCGUAUGAAGAGGCUAAGGUCGAUAAAUAUUUGAAGGACGAGGUUGAGACGCCUAGUCAUGUGCGCAAGAUGAUCGAGGUCUUUGACAAUCGCAACGAGCUGCUUGAAGAGAACGGCGAGAGUGACUCCUCACCCGUCGUGGCUGCUGCCGGUAUCUGCGUGCCUCCGUACCACUACAGGGCUUUGCUAGUAGCCCUCUGCGUGCUUCUGUCAUUGUUACUGGCUAUGCUGACUGCUGCUUUGUAUAUCUACAGACGCUAUUGGCGAGUGCUGCGUAAGAACAUUCAGGCUUCGUCACCUGCGCCGGCACUGCGGCCAGUGACCCCGGGACCUAGGCCUACAAGACCCUCGCUUUUCUCCGCCUCACAUCUGCAUAAACCCUUCUCCUUGAGUGGUUUGGGAAGGACUUUCGCCGAAGUGGGCGAAGAAGCAGGAUCCUCUGGGCGGUUGGCGAGUGCCUUCGACGACGGAAGCGAACCUAUCUACACGGAUCCUUCUCUGUUCGAGCGCUCUCGGUCCCUUCGCUCUCUGCACUCAUUGGACAUGAAGCCCGACAGACGUGACCACCGCGCGUAACUUCGACAAGUCAACGCAUAACGCAUCGUUUUAUAUCUAACUCUUAAAUUAAUAAAUAAACAUUUUUAUAAUGCGUCCCAACUUUCAACAGUCAUCAAUAUAGGUUUUAAUGCCAUAAAUGCUCAGUCUUUUUCCGUCCAAAUGAUCUGUUAACAUUAAAGUACAAUAUAAUUUGUUUUAACAUUUUUUUAUAUGUAUUAAUAUGAAUCUUACUGUAAGUUGCUACUAAUAAAUAUUUUACAGUGA